AUGGACCGGGAACACGCCUGUGAGAUGACCGUUAGGGGCGACGCGGGUCACGACGAGCCGAAUCCGACCAAGGUGACAAGCAGCCGGGAGAGGAAGCUACUGCUGAAAGUCGACCUAUGCGUCCUGCCUACCGUCAUUGUACUGUAUCUCCUGUGUUUCAUCGAUCGUACGAACAUCGGUAACGCCCGUAUAGCUGGCUUGGAAGAGGAUCUCGACCUUGAGGGAUACGACUACAACGUCGUACUGUCCGCGUUUUAUGUGUCGUACAUAGUCUUCGAGAUACCAGCAACCCUCUGUUGCAAAUUAAUCGGUCCUGGAUGGUUUCUACCGCUGACUUCACUUGGCUUCGGUGCCGUUUCUAUCGCGACAGCCUUCGUACGUACCCGCGCUCAGGCGUGUGCUGUUCGAUUCCUACUUGGCCUCUUCGAGGCCGGCGUUCUGCCUGGAUGCGUUUACUACCUCUCACGAUGGUACAAAAGGUCGGAAUUGACCUUUCGUCUUGGGCUGUGGUUAUCCAUGGCCCCUCUCGCUGGAGCUUUCGGUGGCAUGAUCGCUUCGGCUAUCCUGAAGUUGAGCUCCGUUGGUUCUUUCCAUGGUUGGCAGAUGAUUUUUGCUAUCGAAGGCAUCGUCACCAUGUGUCUUGCUUUGGUAGCCUUUUUCACACUAACUGACCGCCCGGAUACCGCACGUUGGAUGACCGAGGAUGAAAAGCGGAUGGUAGUAGGCAGGAUAAAAUCCGAGCGUCUCAAUCAGACCGAGCUGCUUGACAAGAUUGAUACCUCGAAGCUUCUGCGUGGCUUCUCUAACCCAGUCACGCUUGCGAUAUCGUUCAUCUUUCUGCUUGACAGUAUCACUGUCAUAGCCAUCUCGUUCUUCUUGCCGACCAUCGUUCGGACUAUCUACCCAGCUCGCACUGUCGUUCAACAACAGCUCUUGACAGUGCCGCCGUACAUCGUUGGUGCAGUUUGCACCAUCCUCAUCACGACCGUAAGCUGGCAAAUGAACUCUCGGCAGACACUCAUUGCACUCACAGGGCCGUUCGUGAUUGCCGGGUAUGCGAUGUUUCUUGCAACGAUGAACGCAAGUGUUCGAUAUGCGGCUAUCUUCCUUUGCGCGUCAACGUGCUUUUCGUUGGCCGCAAUGACAAACGCACAAGUCAGCGCAAACGUACUUUCUGAUUCUGCACGCAGCAUUGCCAUUGGAACCAACGUCUUCUUCGGAUAUGUCGGCGCGCUCAUUGCGAGCUGGACGUAUCUACCUGGCGACUCUCCCCGUUAUGCCAUUGGCAAUGGUAUUAAUUUGGCUUGCGCACUAACAUGGACCGUCAUUGCUAUCUCCACCAAGCUCUGGAUGAGCCACGACAACAGGAAGAGGGAGAAGAGGCAGGUGGAAACUUCUACAGAGCUCGCGUCAUUUUCAGAUGACGAGAUCGCGAACCUUGAGUGGAAGCACCCCGCAUGGCGAUGGAAGCCGUGACUGUUGCUUCGUUCAGCAAACGAGCCUCCGAAUGUUCACAUAGAGUUCUGCUCAGGAAGGCAGGGUGUUCAUGACGAUCGGUAGCGCAUACGACCAGAUCCUUCUUCACAACACAGCUGCCUUAUGAGAAUGGAAGCUAUUUGCAGUGUCUUCUUACGAGUUAGCCACUUGCAUUCAAAAUCGA